AUGGCCAUCAGCGAAGCCGAGCCAGCGGCCGUCCAGGCAAUGACCAAGUCCUCUCUGGCACCUCUUCGUGCUAUCCAGCACAGAGAUUCCUAUGGCAACGCAAUCGCCGAUCCCGACCGUUCGAACCCUACGCGCAGCCGCUGGGAGCGGCCUCUGGAUACUAUCCGUAGCUUUGAGGCGGCCAUUGACGGAGGCUACUCGCGCAAGUCCAUGAUACGAUCAGACACUGAAUCAACCCCGCAAUAUGGUCGGCGGAGCAGUUAUUAUGCUGGCAACAACGGCGCUCGAUACCCCCAGGACAGCUACUAUGGUGGACGUCCCAACUCUGUGCGGCCUGAGAGUACGCAUAUGGACUACAACAGCCCCAAUCGCUCCGGCUAUUUCGAUGGCUCGUAUGGCCAGGGUGGAUACGGGCCUGGGCCCAGCCGUCAGAGGGCACCGAGAAUGAAUUCUGAACCCAUGAACGGCUAUGGCCGUGGCGGGCAACAAGUCUACCCAAUCCCCCACAAGGACCGCUCAUACGAAACCGUCACAACAGCAGCAGGCAGCGGUCACUCCGAACAGGCCGGCUACCAGACGGACCCGACAAGUAGUGACAACAGCUCCAUUGAUCGAGUGUCACCUGCGAAGCGUGCGGAGCCGACCAACGACUAUGGCAUCGGCUUCAACCAACAAGGCUCAUAUCAGCCUGCCGCCUUUAACAAUUAUGCUUCGGGCGCGAACGGUGCUGGCCCCAGCGGCGCCAACUACCGCCCCGCCCCCAUGACAAACUCGAACUCGGAUGCGCCGCCCGCGGUGCCCCAAAAGAUGGGAGGCGGCAUGUUGCGCAAGCAGACCACGCAGCAAAGCACACAAUCACGACCAGACGUUGGCGAAAAGAGAAAGAGUUGGUUCUCGCGCCGCUUCAGUAAGGCCAAUUAA